CGGCGCGCGUCGGCGUCGCCCUCCUCCCAUUGAGCGAGGCUGUGUCGCGUGGCCUAGCGUCGGCGUGACGGUUGGACGCGGGCGCGGCACUGCGGGUCCCGAUUGCUGCAGCCGCUUGUCAGUGUGAUGAAGAUUGGCACCCAGACACCACUCACUUCUGACUCAAGAUGAUCUGAUGUCUGAAGUGAACUCUCAUCAACCAUGAUGGCUACACAGACGUUAAGUAUAGACAGCUAUCAAGAUGGACAACAAAUGCAGGUGGUAACGGAGUUAAAAACAGAGCAAGAUCCCAACUGCUCUGACCCGGAUGCAGAAGGAGUGAGUCCUCCUCCCAUGGAGUCUCAAACCCCAAUGGAUGCCGACAAGCAGGCCAUUUAUAGGCAUCCGCUAUUUCCAUUACUAGCUUUGUUGUUUGAGAAAUGUGAGCAGUCCACGCAGGGCUCUGAAGGCACAACGUCUGCCAGCUUUGAUGUGGACAUUGAGAACUUUGUCAGGAAGCAGGAGAAGGAUGGGAAGCCCUUCUUCUGUGAAGAUCCGGAAACUGACAAUUUACUUCAAUUGCAGUUGAAUCAAGAUCUCAGCAUCUUGCAUCAAGAAGAUGGCUCCUCCAAGAACAAGAGAGGCGUCCUUCCGAAGCAUGCCACCAAUGUGAUGCGGUCCUGGCUCUUUCAGCACAUCGGGCAUCCCUACCCAACGGAGGAUGAGAAAAAGCAGAUUGCUGCUCAGACAAAUCUGACACUGCUUCAAGUCAACAACUGGUUCAUCAAUGCCCGGAGACGGAUUCUCCAGCCAAUGUUGGAUUCCAGCUGUUCAGAGACUCCGAAGACGAAGAAAAAGCCUGCUCAGAACAGGCCAGUUCAGAGGUUUUGGCCAGAUUCCCUUGCAUCAGGGGUGACACAAGCCACACCCAGUGAGCUCGCCAUGUCAGAAGGUGCCGUUGUGACCAUCACCACACCUGUAAACAUGAACGUGGACAGCCUUCAGUCCCUGUCCUCAGACGGGGCCACCUUGGCUGUACAGCAGGUCAUGAUGGCGGGGCAGAGUGAAGACGAGUCGGUGGACAGCACAGAAGAUGACAGUGGUGCCCUGGCGCCCACGCACAUCGGCGGGCUGGUGCUGGAGAACAGCGACUCUCUGCAGUAGGG